CUGGCGGGAUUACCAGAGGAGUACAAUCUCAUUCGUGAAAGGAUAAAAAACUCACCUGUAAGUGGUUGGGAUGAGUUGUGCGACUUAUUGUUGAAAGAGGACAUGCGUCUGGAUCCACAGCGCUCAUUAAGACUUAAACCUCCUUCUCCUCCCUCUCCUCCUGAAGAAGAAGAGUACGCAAUCGGGAUCGAUCUGGGAACGACCUACUCCCGCGUGGCCGUGUGGCACAAGGAUAAUGUAGAAAUCAUACACAACGAUCACGGCAACAGGAAGACUGCAUCUUACGUUGCCUUCACUGAAACUGAUGAGAAUAAUUUGGUAGGUGAUGCAGCAUUUAACCAAGUCGUCAGAAACACAGCCAACUCCAUCUUUGAUACAAAGAGGUUAAUCGGUAGAAGAUUCAGCGACGCCUCAGUUCAAAGUGAUGUGAAGCUCUGGCCAUUCAAGGUCAUUGAGGGUCCAGGUGACAAGCCCAUGAUUAUGGUUACCGACAAUGGCCAAGAGAAACAAUGUUCUGCUGAAGAUAUCUCAUCCAUGGUUCUAGAGAAGAUGCGGAAGAUUGCCGAGAACUACUUGGGCUCAACAGUGAAAAAUGCAGUUAUCACUGUCCCUGCUUACUUCACUGACUCGCAGCGGCGAGCUACAAAAGAUGCGGGCAUCUCUGCUGGCCUAAAUGUGUUGCGUAUUAUGAACGAACCAAGUGCUGCUGCCAUUGCUUAUGGCCUCAACAAGAAGGCCGGUUGGAGUAGCCCGCGAAACGUGAUGAUAUUUGAUUUGGGUGGUGGCACUUUAGAUGUGUCAUUGCUUACCAUGAGCAAGUCUGGUGACUUUAAAGUCAAGGCAACGGCUGGAGACACUCACCUUGGCGGCCAAGACUUCGAUAACAGAUUGGUGAACUACUGUGUUGAGGAAUUCAAGAGGGAGCAUAAAUUGGACGUUAGUGGAAAUAAGAGAGCUCUUAGGAGGAUAAAAAAUGAAUGUGAGAAGGCAAAGAAGAGACUUUCAUUUGAGUCUGACAUUGGCGUUGAAAUUGACUGUUUGUGUGAGAAUACUGAUUUCACCAUAACUUUUACUCGUGCCAUAUUUGAACAAGUAAACAUGGAUUUAUUCAUCAAGUGUAUGGAUCCAGUGGCAAAGUGUUUAAGGGAUGCUAGCAUGGACGUAAGCAGUAUCGACGAUGUUGUUCUUGCCGGUGGCUCUACUAGAAUUCCCAUUGUGCAACAGCUAUUACAGGAGUUUUUCAAGGGGAAGGAGCUGUGCAAGGGCGUUAAUCCGGAUGAGGCAGUGGCAUAUGGUGCCGCGGUUCAAGCCGCAGCCUUGACUGGAAAUGGAAAGGGGGAGUUUAUUCAGGACUACACUCUCAAGGACGUCGCUCCUCUGGCACUUGUUAUGGGGAUUGCAGAUAAGAAAAUCAUGAAGUUGAUUCCAAGAAACUCUCUAAUUCCCGUGAAGAAGAAUCUAGAUUUGUGCACUCCUACGGAUGACCAAGUUUUCAUGAACUUUCCCAUAUAUGAGAGUGAGAGUAGCAUACCAGCAAAUCUCAACUUUUUGGGUGAAUGCAGCAUCCGUGACAUUCCUCCAGCUCCCAAACAUGUUCAUAAAUACACUGUUUUCUUCGAAAUUGAUCCCGAUGGCAUCUUGAGUGUCUUUGCUGUCGAUAAGUCCACUGGCCAAGAGAAAGAGAUCAUAAUCAACCGCGACAAACCGAAGAACCCUCAGGGAAUUCUGAGAACUAAGAGAUGAGCAGGUUAUAUUGUUUUAGGGUGAAAUCAUGUGUUUUUUGUGAUCUACUGUGAACAAGUGUUUGGAGGAUGCCAAAAUGGACAUAAGCGACGUCGAUGAGGUUGUUCUUGUUUUUGGGUCUUCUAGAGUCCCCAAGGUGCAAGAUCUAUAGCAGGAGGUUUUCAAGGGUAAGGAUACCUGCAGCCCCAAUAUUCCUUACCAUACCAACUAUGGCCGUCCACUGUUUUCUUAUUGAUACUUAAUUUUUACUCUUUAUAUUUGAACUAUGUAACGUUUAGACGGUGCUAAAAAUUUGAAUAUUUUGUUAUACAAAGUGGUU